UCAUGAUAUCGACCCUCUCUAGCCUCUGCCUGUCCAUGCCCCCUCUGCUCAUGUUUGCUUCUCCCCCCUUCUCGCCUCUAAUCCCAGCUCGCAUUCUCCCCAAGCGUGCCAAGUCCGCCAUCAUGCACUUAUAAUUCGAUUCCGAGUCAUAUACCAAUAUUUCACCAAAUCGAAUUGGUUAUCUUGCCCAAUAAUUUGCAGCCGACACAUACCAGACGCCUCUCCCGUGUGCUCUCCCUUGAAGGAACAUUUCCCCUUUAUAUAGCAAUACCCAGAUGUAUCAAGCAUGGGACAGCAUUCCCGGCUAACUACUGCCCCAAGCAACAAUGUUGAAACCUUCAAGCUCCUCCUUCAUGGAGAAGACUCUGCCCCUGAGGAAUAGGGUGGCAGACAAGAUCGAGUGGGUGAAACUUCGUACGCCAAAGGUUGUCAAAUCGAGAGCAUUUCGAAGAGCGGCGACAAUUACAUCCGCUGUAUUCUUUGCUCUCACAUUCAUUAUUGUUUUGGCAAAAUUGACGAAUGCGGGUUUCUUUAUACCAAAACUUGUCAGCCAUAUCUCGAGAUAUCCCACAUGCCAGAGCAAGGGGAUCAAUGGAACGAGGGACAUAUGGGAAGCUUCACAGAAGAAGUACGAGAACCUGAGGGACGAUAAGUUUACAAUUGCUAUGCAGACGUAUCGUCGACCGAAGGAACUCGAAGAAACGCUCAGCAUCAUCCUGAGCGAGGAAGUCCCCUCACUUCUCGAAAUAGUUGUCGUCUGGAACGACCUCGAAAACUAUCCCCCGGAUGACUACGUUUCAAAACACGGAGUCCCCGUCCGAUUCCGAAAGUCGAAACGCAACAGCCUCAACGAAAAGCUCUGGCCUGAUCCCGACUACAAGACACAAGCGAUUCUGCUCUCAGAUGACGAUGUCUACUAUCACCCGAACGAUCUCGAGUUCGUCUUCCAGACAUGGCGCAAGUUUGGCAGGAAUCGAAUGGUCGGUGCUCUCGCUCGAUGCACGCCUGUCGAUACGUUUGGAUACCACAAGUACACGUUCUGCUCCAGCAGAUGGGGAGAGGAUGACUAUAACAUGAUUCUGACCAAUCUCGCUUUCUCACAUGUCUCAUUCCUCGACUAUUACUCAUCUAACGACACGAUCAUGACACAGAUCAGAGAGUAUGUCGACGAGGGCUUCAACUGCGAGGAUCUUGCCAUGAACUACGUCCAUGGACUUCUCACAGGCGAGGGGCCCCUUCUCAUCAACGGACAUGAGAAAUAUGUCAACUUUGUUCCUAAAGUUGGGAUCAGUAUGAAGAAGGGUCAUAUGGAGGCCCGAAGUGCCUGUCUCAACAACUUUUCCAAGAUGUUUGGAUGUCACCCCUUGGUCGACGAGACCGGAUACAUCCAACGAGGUGUGUUGGUAAUGUGAGAGAUUUCAGAAAUAACAUAUUGUUUUGAGCGGUUUGAGUCGUAACGAAGCGAGUCUCGUGUGAAUAGUGUAUAACAAGACGGGACAAGGACCAGAUAGUUGGUUGAACAGUUAACUAAGGUAGGCAGAGUCAUAGACGGCUGCGCCGGGAGCAUUGUAUCGUGGUAAUUAUCAAUUUAACGAAUAAAUUGGAAAAUUCAAACGACAGAUAAGAAAGUCAAGCAAUG